AUGAAUUUACAUUCAAAAAUUUGUACAAUUGUGAUCAUUUUCUUAGGCAUAAUUUCUCAUGCAUUUUCUCUCUCAAUCAGUUUACACGAUUUCGAAUGCAUAUCCGAGCAUGUUCUACAUGACAAUGACAUUGUUUCGGGAAACUUUGUUGUAAUGGAUCAUGAUAUUUUUUGGAGUUCAGAUCAUCCUGGAAUCGAUUUCACCGUGACAUCUCCCGCGGGAAAUGUGAUGCAUUCUUUGAAGGGAACAUCAGGGGACAAAUUUGAGUUCAAAGCCGCACAAAGUGGAAUCUACAAGUUUUGCUUUCACAAUCCUAUUUCGACGCCAGAAACUGUGUCAUUUUAUGUUCAUGUUGGCCACAUUCCUAAUGAGAAUGACUUAGCAAAAGAUGAGCAUUUGGAUCCAAUAAAUGUUAAGAUUGCUGAGUUAAGAGAAGCAUUAGAAUCUAUCAUAACAGAACAAAAGUAUUUGAAAGCACGUGAUGCUAGACAUCGAAAUACAAAUGAGAGCACAAGAAAACGUGUUGUAUUUUACACACUUUUGGAGUACAUUUUAUUUGUGACUACAAGUAUAUUGCAAGUCAUAUACAUUCGUCGUCUCUUCAGCAAAUCAUUUGCUUACAAUCGGGUGUAG